GAAGGGCUGGGGUUGGGGCCUGGGAAUGGGUAGGCUAAAGAAGCUAUAAAAUGGGCUUGGGACCUUCAAGAACUUGAGAUGUGAAGCUUUCUUAGAUAGACCCAUGAAGAAAUGGAUCAUAGGUUCAGAACACUGAGCCUGAACCUCCUUGCUUUUGUUUUUGUUUUGUUUCUGUAGCUGUGCAUGCUCCUGUAUUUGCUGUGAGCUAAAAUUUAGUGGCAAAAAUGUCAAAUUUGUAUUACUGGCCAUUAUGAGGUGGAUUUUUCAAUUAGCUGAAGACUGGAACUUAAAAUUUAAGUGUUAAUCUACCUGCUGUUGAUUUCCUGAGUGACUCUGGGUGAGCCAGUUAACCUCGUGGGCCUCCUACGUACCUGUUCGUCACCAUCUCCUACAAUGCUUGUUACCAAGACAGGCACCUGUAUUCAUCCUAAAUCAGGUCUUCUCAGUCAGGCCAUGGGUGUUUUUUACAAGCUUCCAGGGAAGUUUGAUGCAGCCAGUGAUAAUGGAGUAUGGAAAUGUGCUUGAAACUGAGUCUUAGCCUAUUUCUCAGGGUCCACGUAGAUAUUAUUGUGUGGUUUGAAUCAGGAAUGAAAUCUUCUGAAAGCUAAAAGCAGAAGCCUUUGUGGUCAACAUGGAGGACAAGAGGCGGCGAGCCCGCGUGCAGGGCGCCUGGGCUGGCCCUGCUCGGAGCCAGGCCAUGGCUCAGCCAGCUCCCACUGCUAAGAGCCAUCUCCACCAGAGGCCUGGUCAGACCUGGAUGAACAAGGAGCAUAUUCUGUCGGACAGACAGUUUGUGUUCAAAGAACCGCAGGAGGUAGUACGCAGAGCCCCAGAGCCUCGAGUGAUCGACAAAGAGGGUGUAUAUGAAAUCAGCAUAUCAGCCACAGGCGUAUCUAGGAUGCGUUUGUAUCCUGGCUUUGUGGACGUGAAAGAAGCCGACUGGGUGUUGGAACAGCUUUGUCGGGAGGUUCCCUGGAAACAGAGGACGGGCGUCAGAGAGAAUGUAACUUACCAGCAACCAAGACUUACAGCAUGGUAUGGAGAACUUCCUUACACUUAUUCAAGAAUCACUAUGGAACCAAAUCCUCACUGGCAUCCUGUGCUGCACAAACUGAAGAACCAGAUUGAAGAGAACACUGGCCACACCUUCAACUCCUUGCUCUGCAAUCUUUACCGAAAUGAAAAGGACAGCGUGGACUGGCAUAGCGAUGACGAACCCUCACUAGGGAGGUGCCCCAUCAUUGCCUCGCUCAGUUUUGGCGCCACACGCAUGUUUGAGAUGAGAAAGAAGCCCCCACCCGAAGAGAAUGGAGACUACACAUAUGUGGAGAGAGUGAAGAUCCCCCUGGAUCACGGGACCUUGUUGAUCAUGGAAGGAGCCACCCAAGCUGACUGGCAGCAUCGAGUGCCCAAAGAGUACCACUCUAGAGAACCGAGAAUAAACCUGACCUUUCGAACCGUUUAUCCAGACCCUAGAGGGGCGCACUGGUGAUGUGAGAUCUUUGAGAGAGAAGCCAUAUGAGACUGAGCAAACCUUCCACGUGAGGAGACUUCGAGGGGCUGGCUCAGCUGAGCUCGUGGUGUGGCUGUUUGGAAGAUGAGGAGGAGACUCGCUCCCCAGCCUGGAGUCCUGUUAAAUGAGACCCAGCAGUCAUGUUCUACUGUGUUUAUUGUGGGAGCAGUAAUCCCUGAUCACAUCUUGAAAUCACAUAUUUCCUUUAGGCAAAUUGAAAACGGCUGUGGCCGUGCUCA